AUGCAUGCCAACGUCGACGGCGAAAUUCCACUGCUCACGGCGUUCCGCGCCGCUGAGAAAUUGAUGGAGAACAAAUUAGUGAGCUCGCCGAAAGACUAUGUCGGUAUUAUGCUAUGGAACACGGCGGAAUCCAAGAUGACGACAGCAAAUCGCGGGCGAUACCGGCCGAACACAGUCGAAUACACACCCAUUGAGCAGGUCAAUGUCCCGGCCACGUACGGAUUGCAGCAGUUGCUUGAAGCGAAUAAAACAAGCUCCAAAGCGAUGGAAAAGCGAUUUGCGCCUGCGCACACGCCCAUGCGUAUCGACAAUGCGCUCGCGAAUGCGCUCCAAUUGCUCACCACCUCCGUCAAGGCAGGCACACGCCGUGUUUUUUUCAUUACAAACCAGGACGAUCCAUUCCCUGGGAAUGACAAGAAACUGGUCCAGAAGGCGAGUAUUGAGAAAAUGAAGGAGUUUUACCGGCGCGGGAUCGAUGCAGAGCCCUUUUUUCUGGGCUCCGCGGCACAUCCAUUCCAAGUAAACUUGUUUUAUGCUGAGAUAUUUGGUGUAUAUGAUGACGGGCUUAUUGAGGAUGCGCUGCGGCCUUGGCGACUCCGUCUUUUACAGGACCAAAAUGUAUCCAAGGUAAAUUCGUGGGACUCUACGACCAAGUGGAAGGAGCUCGACGAGCAGAUGGACGGGCGUGACAUGCCGAAACGCGUCAUAUUUGAUUUAAUGCUUGAUCUUGGCGCAAUUGCAAAGAAAGACGCGGACGACAGACACGCCAAGGCCCAGUCCCGUUGGCGGAUCCAAGUGAAAGGCUAUGCACUUAUCUCAGAAGCCGCUGUUGAAAUGCCAGUGCGCAUUUCGUCGUACGGGAAAGAAGAUCCAGAAGAUUUUGACGAAGUGAUAGCACACCAGCAAGUGUUUGACACGACAACCGGAAGCAUUGUAAGGGACGCAAAGCCUGCAGGCGCAUAUCAAGUAUCGAGCGGCUCGACGGCCAGCUUGGAGACACGCAUCAUCCUUUCUGAGGACGAGAUCAAAGCGCUGCGUGUAUUUGGCCGCGUACCUGGGAUAACGCUGCUAGGCUUCAAAGAUAUCUCUACACUCAAUUAUUUGGACAAUGUGAAGCACAGCUAUUUUAUAUACCCGUCCGAUGUGGAAUUCCCAGGUAGCAAAUGCGUAUUUACGGCGCUGCUGCACGCCAUGCAUGCGAAGGCGAAAUAUGCGCUAGCGCUGUUUAUGCCGCGUGAAAAUGUGAUCCCUGCAUUUGUUGCACUGCUUCCACAGGCAGAAGAAAUCGACGAGGACGGCGCGCAGAUUGUGCCACCAGGCAUGAAUAUGAUCAUUCUUCCGUACGCAGACGACCUCCGGCAAGCGCCACAGGCGCCGACAAAAGAAGCCAACGCGGAAGAAGUCAGUGCGGCAGAGAAAGUAAUUGACAGCUUUUUGCGCAAAGAGCCCUUCAAUCCCGAUACAUAUACGAACCCAGUCUUGGCGCACCAUUACAACGUGCUGAAAGCUGUCGCGUUCGAAAGGCCACUUCCUCCGUACCGCGAUGGGACUGUCCCCGAGUAUUCGUUGAUCGGCCAGCGCUCUUUGCAUGCGAUUCGCGCAUGGAACCAAGCGAUACACGCUGACCCACGCACGUCUAUGCAAGCCCCAAAGGCGGAAGCGCGCGCGGCGCACAAAGUAGAGCCCAUGUCGAAGGAACGCGACGCGGAGCUGCGCUACUUGCAUCAGCAAGGGCUUUUGGUCACGGUGCGUUUCCCGCCAAACUCACACCAGCUCAAUGUACCGAGCUUGCGCUUGGCGUGCGAGCAAUACGGACUGCCGAGCAAAGGACGCAAGGUCGACUUGCUCAGUGCAUUAGACAAAUACAUAGCUUCUUGA